UUUGGUUUGCGGGGGUGCGUGACAACUGCAGCUUACUGCCUACCUCCCAGCUGGCGCCGCGUCCGCAUGAGAGCCACACUUGAUGACGCUGAGCCGGCCGUCUCCUUCGCAGUUGAUCGGCGAUCCAGGCGCAGAUCAGGUGCUGAGCCGCGAAGGGCAGGAAAUCCUGCGCUGGGCGAUCCCCGGCCUAGCCCUGCUCGCUGGCCUCUUUUUAGAGCACGCUGGGCUGUAUUUGGCAACGCGUAGAUAUGUCCAGUGGAUGGACGAGCUCCAAAGACCCGGCCUCGAGCUGCACAUCCAACUGGAAGGCUCUGCGAACGAGAGUUUGGGCUCGGAUCUGGGCUUCAUCGCCGUGUUGCUGGAGAUCCUGGCCGACCUACUGCCGGUACUCUGCUUGGGCCUUAUCCUGUGCCUGGGCGACUUGCGCUUAUGGUGUCAGACCAUGUUCUCGGCCGCCCUUCUGAUGACCCUCAAGGGCUUCGCUUCCUGGGCCACGGUGGUGCCAGACGCGCGGGGAUGGAAGGCCUGCCAAGAGAGGCUGGGCUUGGACGGGCUCCGGUACUACCGGGAGGACCUGCCCAUGUCGAAGAUGGUGCCUGACAUUCUCCUUUUAGAGGUGCGGGGCCUAUGGGUGGGAAGUCCGCUGCGUCAGCGCCUCUGCGCAGAUGCUCCGUUCUGCAGCAGCAUUUGUCUCUCUACCCUCUUCUGCACCAGUCUUUGCGAGGUCAGCAUGACAUCUUGGAUUGCAAGUCGAGAGGACUCCGGCCUACUGCCGGCCAUGGCACAAUGCAUCAGGUGCCUGCUGCUGGUUUUGAUGCUCGGCACUGCGCUGGUGCAGGGUAUCUUGACGUCCCGGGCGGAGGCCACUGCUCUGGGCAUGGUCUUAGCGCUGGCAGUCUAUGGCAAUCCGGCCUUAGCACUGGCGGUGGACGCCUGGUGCCAGCCUCAAGCGGCGCCGCCGGCUCUGGGCCCCCCGGGCCCGCUGCCGACCUCUCCGAACUCCAGCUUCGCCUUGAUGCCAAGAAGCUGCCGCCCAGGUCGAAGAUUGUCAUGCAAUUCACGAUGUCGGCAAGGUGCUGCUGCUGCCUCCCUGGGCGCGGCACGAGUACUGCUACCUGCGAAAGCGGCCUCAGGAGAGCAACCUGCUGCAGCAGCAGGCAUUGUUACAGCAGAUGGUCGCGAGCAUGCAGAAAUCCCAGGAGAGGCACUUGUUCGAAGGGAGCAGAAGAAGAGGGAGCUGCUCAAGAAGGAGGAGGCGGAUGAGCUGCUGAGCGCGCAGCGCGCGGACCGCUUCUCAGAGCAGAGGAUCCAGGAGGCGGUGUCCGACCAGCAGCGGAUGCUCCACAGCCGGGCCAGAAAGACGCGACACGUCACGGUGACCUUCGGGAAGGAGCCGGAACUCCGAGGGCCUGCUGCUGUCCAGCACCAUGAAGCCCUGCAAGUCUGAGCCGCGGCUGUAGCCAUCGAUCCGAUGAUCCGGCCCGAGGGCCUCUGGAACACCGAGGGCCUCAUGGCUCCACCCACCCGCCUUCUAAAAAGGCGGAGUC